AUGAUCUCUUCAUCCUUAAAACGGAAAAAUAAUCCUGUCACUGAUUAUGCAGACCACUCGGAGGAUGAACAAUCCAUUGGUCACUCUGUCGAAGCUUCUGACCGCUCCGAAGAAGAGUCCAUAGCCGAUCAGGAUGAAGAACUAGACUCUGCAGACGAGAUUGAGGGCAUGAAACCUCAAAAAUCUCGACAGACAAAGAAGAGAAAGAUUCGCGCAACGCAUGCCUCUGCCUUUGGUGCUACUCUUCAGACAUUGCUUAAUACCGAGGCUCCCUCGUCUGCCCCUCUCUCGUUGAAGCCGUCAAUAGCUCGAAAAAGGAAUGAUGAAAAGCUAGAGAUGAAAGCAAAGAAAGUUUUACAGGUGGAGAAGAAAGAAAAAGAAGACAGAGGAAGAAUAAGGGAUGUCAUAGGUGGCUGGGGCGGUGAGAGCGAGAGGGCCCUUAGGAAAGUUGCACAAAGAGGUGUCGUCAGACUUUUUAACGUCGUUCAGCAGGUCCAAAAUCAAGCGGCAGCCGACGGGGAAGAAAAGAAAGCUGCAAGAGGGAACGGCAAGCCUUCUCUCCCUGCACCACGGAUUGUAGACAAAUCUAAAUCCAAGAAGGGUAAAAAUAAAGAUAACAUCAUUGGCCGAGGGAAGGAAUCUGCAGUUGAUAGGGAUGAUUUCUUUGACAUGCUACGAAGCGGUGCAGUUGUGUCGAAAUCAUGA